AUGCGAUCGGGCACUGCAAGUGGACAUACGAGGAAGAACUCCACUCCGGUGGCAGGACGGUUCUCCUUUUUUGGCCUGCGCCGAUCUGCUGAACCGAGUGUGCGAUUUCCCGAGCCAGCGGAAGAUGAGCUUCUGAACUUAGAUAUCGAGGCCGCCCUGGCGUUCCCGGAAACGAACAUGGAUCAAGACGAGGCUAUGGAUAAUCUUCGCGACCGCGCAUCGACUGUACUACAGCGUAUGCAGGAGGCGUACAAACAGAGAACCUUUGCGAUGCACCAGGCGUUGGCUGAUCGGGACGAAAAGCGCGAAGAGCUUGAGGAGACACGCGCACGGGUAGACCAUCUCAAAAUGCAACUCGAUGGCAUGGCUGCAAAAGUCAUGGACCAGGAGAAGGCCAUGAAAGCCAUGGCCGACGAGCUCGAGAAGGAGAAACACUCGCGACAGCAAGCGGAGGCUCGUAGCCGAAGUCUUACCAUGCGCGCAGUGGCCCUCGAAGAAGACAAUCCCUCACUCAUCCUUCAGGCGCCCUUACGAGACAGCAAGCGUACCAGUCACGGCACCUUUGCUAGCGAUUCUGGCUUCGAGUCUGGGGAUGAAAGCGUGACCGACAGCAUUUUCUCGCAUAAGGACUCCUUAGAGUCUCCGACAUCUACCAUAGCCACGCCGUCACAGAAUCCCUCCCAUCACGUCAUGUCGGCUGCGUCCCCUCUGGCCCAUUCGAACCCAUCGACACCUACCCAAAAAAGUCUCAAUACCAAUGGCGGAAAUGCGACGCCAGCGCGAUCCUCUGCGUAUGAGCGAGUCAUCAAAGGAAUCGCCUCCACACGAUUCGGUGGUUCUCUGGUUGGAAAUGUGAGCCAGUGCAACAUCUGCCAUGGUGUUCCAUCCGCUGAAGCUUGGAGUGUUAUGGGCAUCCUGAAAGAUGAGAACCGGGGGUUGAAGUCGCGACUGGGCGAACUCGAGUUGGUGAUUGAUGAUUGUUUAGGCCUUGUUGGGCCUUGA